UUGGGUUGGCGCGUCACCCGCACCCUCGCCCUCUUCUCCCUCCCAAAAUUUCCUAAUUCGCUGCAACCUUGGAGCCAAACCACCCCUAAAAUUUCAAUUCUCCUUAAAUUUUUUCUAUUUUGCGAUUAUUUAAUAAUUACACAUUGAAUUUAGACCCAGGAAUUCAAACUCUGAUACACAUAUACACAUACAUAGUAUACAUAUAUAUGUAUUUAAUUUUUUUUUUUUGGCGCAAGCUGUAUAGAAAGCACUUUAUUCUCUGCGAUUCACGAAAUCUCUUCCAUCUUUUUAUCUUUCGACAGUUUGUUCAAUUUUCGGUGGUUUUUUCGUUCUUGACGGCAAAAUCUUCCAUUCUUGUCGAGGGUCCAAGAGAUUUUGUAGAUUAUUCUUUUAUUUUGUCGUUCGAAUUCUACCCGGCUGUUUCGAAUUCUCGGAUUUUGUUGUUCCUUGUUUCAAAUUAGGUUCACCAGGGAAGUCCGUGAAGAAUUAUAAGUAUUCUGUGGUAUUGAGAAUAAUUGGUCGGAUUUACUGGAGGUGAUUUGAAUAAGUUUUCCUGAUUUUCCAAAUUAAUUAUUUUGGAAAGAGGGAUUAGGGUUUUUUUUUAGCUUUUUGGUUGGCUAUGGUUGAAUUCAUCUGAUACGGGGACAAUGAUCGUGAAUCAGAUGAAGAAAUUUGAAAUGCCGAACCUUAAGCGUUGUAAAGCCGAGAAAAAGGAAGUCAUCUCCGGUGAGAAUGAGGGGGAAUCAUGCUCCACCAUUAAUUCCAAGAGGGCGAAAACGACCAAUGUGCUUUUCACCGUUCCUGUUAACCAAUUUGAAGGGUCCAGCAUUAAUUUCCCGAACAAUUUGCCCACUAGAGCUUCUUUCUACACCGGUGAAGUGAACUCAAUACCCCAGACUAAAAUUCAGACUCAGAUAGGUGUUAAUAAGCCUCCUCUAUUGAAGUCGUCUAGAGGGCGUUCACAGGUACUACCAUCGAAAUUCAAUGACUCCGUUCUGCAUUCAUGGAAGAAAGAAAAAUCUGAGAAUGUUGAUUAUGGAAGUAGUACUUCGGAAACAGAUAAUGUGGGCUGUGGGAUUCAUAGUAAGAAGAAACCAAAGCGUCACAAGUUUUACAACGAUGAAAUAUAUUUAGUCAAGAAACAGAAAGUCGAAGAUCAACCUGGCAACCAAAUGCAUAAUACAAGUUUAUUACCCUACUUGAACACUGAAUAUGGGAAUAGAGACUGUUCUAGCAGUAAAAUGUAUUGGAAUUCCCGGAGUUCAGUGGAGUCAGUUAACGAAGGGUGUUCAAGUGUUUUGCCAGUGGUGGAAAGCGGUGGGUACUCAAGGAGGGAGAAGACGGUCAAGGAGAAGGAGACUGUGAAGAAGGCUGAUUUUUAUCAUCCUGAAGAUUUUGUAUUGGGGGAUAUAGUUUGGGCCAAAUGCGGUAAGAAUUUCCCAGCUUGGCCGGCUAUCGUGAUUGAUCCGCUGAGGGAAGCACCUGAAUCUGUUCUGAGGGCUUGUGUUCCGGGCGCUCUCUGUGUGAUGUUUUACGGUUAUUCAAGGAGUGGACAGAGGGAUUAUGCGUGGAUAAAAGCUGGAAUGGUUUUUCCCUUUCACGAGUACAUGGACAGAUUUCAGGGGCAGACUAAGUUGUAUGGCAGCAAACUUAGUGAUUUCCAUAUGGCUAUAGAGGAGGCUAUUUUAGCUGAAAGUGGCUACUCAAAUCCCUCUGUGGAGACUGUGCAGGAAACUUUAUUCGGGAUACAACCCAGUGAAAUCAAACAGGCAACUGGUUUAAAUCAGGAUUCACAAUAUUAUUCCAUUGAGCAGGAUUCAAACGAUAAGAGAAAAGAAACACGGCCUUGUGAAAGCUGUGGACUGAUUUUUGCAUGCAGAACUAUGAAGAAAAUAAAGGAAAAAGAUGCAAAAGCUUAUUUCUUGUGUGAGCACUGUGUUAAGUUAAGGAAAUCAAAACAAUAUUGUGGUGUAUGCAAGCAAAUAUGGCACCACUCUGAUGGUGGAAGUUGGGUAUGUUGUGAUGGUUGUGAUGUUUGGGUACAUGCUGAGUGUGCCAACAUAUCCAGUGAGCUUUUAAAGGAUCUGGAGAAGGUGAAUUACUUCUGCCCUGAGUGCAAAGCAAAAUCUAGCCCUGACUUCUUAAUUCGGGACAAACGGCAAUUUGAUGUUAGGUCUGCCCAGAAUUCCGGACACAUCUUUCCGACUGACAAGAUCACUGUUGUCUGCAAUGGCGUGGAAGGCAUUUAUUAUUCAAGCCUUCAUCUGGUUCAAUGUAGGUGUGGUUCAUGCGGGGCAAAGAAACAAUCGCUUAGUGAAUGGGAGCGACAUACAGGUUCUAGAGCAAAAAAAUGGAAGUCAAGUGUUAAAGUGAAGGGUUCAAAUUUAACACUUGAAAAAUGGAUUGUAGAGUACAAUGCGCAUGGCUUUGAUCCUCUUCGUUUAGAUAAGAAAAAGCUGUUUGAUUUGUUACAAGAAAACUAUGAACCUGUUUAUACAAAGUGGACUACAGAACGCUGUGCUAUUUGUAGAUGGGUUGAAGAUUGGGACUACAACAAAAUGAUAAUAUGCAACAGAUGUCAAAUAGCUGUCCAUCAAGAAUGCUAUGGGGCGAGAAAUAUACAGGAUUUUGCUUCAUGGGUCUGUCGAGCAUGCGAAAUUCCGGAGGUUGAGAAAGAGUGUUGUCUUUGUCCUGUAAAAGGUGGUGCAUUAAAGCCAACAGACGUUGGAACUUUAUGGGUUCAUGUUACAUGUGCAUGGUUUCGGCCAGAAGUUGCUUUUUCAAAUGCAGAGAUGAUGGAGCCUGCAACAGGUCUCCUUCGAAUUCCGGCAAGUUCUUUUGCUAAGGCAUGCAUUAUUUGUAGUCAGAUUCAUGGGUCUUGCACCCAGUGUUGCAAGUGUGCUACCUAUUUUCAUGCAAUGUGUGCAUUUCGUGCUGGAUACCGCAUGGAAUUACAUUGUGCGGAGAAGUAUGGAACACAGAUUACGAAAUGGGUCUCGUACUGCGCCAUUCAUAGGACGCCUAGUGCCGAGAAUGUACUGGUCAUACAGACUCCCAAUGGGGUUUUCUCGACCGGAAGCUUACUUCAAAACCAGAUUCAAGAACAGUGCUUGAGUGGUUCAAUGGUCAUCUCAUCUAGGACAGCUGAGUGCUUUGAUUCAUUGUCUGCUGAUACUUGUGAAAUCGAUCCCAUGUCUGCUGCAAGGUGUCGCAUUUUCAAACAAUCAAUCAGAAAGAGGGCUGGACAAGAGUCAGUAUUCCACCGACCGAUGGGCCCAAGCCAUCACGCUUUGGACGUUAUAGAUUGUUUAACUUCACACAACCAAUUUGAAGUUGGAAAGGUUUUUUCAACCUUCAGAGAACGACUAAGCCAUUUACAGAGGACAGAAAAAUAUCGAGUUUGCUUUGGUAAAUCAAGAAUACAUGGAUGGGGCCUCUUUGCAAGGCAAAAUAUUCAAGAAGGAGAAAUGAUUUUUGAGUAUCGAGGUGAGCAGGUGCGGCGCAGCGUUGCUGAUCUGAGGGAGGCACGCUAUCUGUCGGAAGGCAAAGAUUGCUAUCUUUUCAAGAUAAGUGAGGAAGUAGUAAUUGAUGCCACAAAUAAGGGGAACAUAGGCCGCUUGAUCAAUCACUCGUGUAUGCCCAACUGUUACGCGAGAAUAAUGAGUACAGGUGAUGAAGAGAGCCGGAUAGUUCUUGUAGCUAAAAUUGACGUUUCUGCUGGCGAGGAGUUAACGUAUGAUUAUUUGUUUGAAUCUGAUAAGCACGACGAGGUUAAAGUUCCGUGCUUAUGUGAAGCUCCAAACUGCAGGAAAUUCUUGAACUAACGUAUACAAUUUUUUGCAAGGUGCAGAUAAUUAACGGUGGGAAUUUUGUUGAUUUUCCUUUUACUUUAGUGCAAUUUUCACUUGCAAAUUAGUGUUAUUUGACCAGCCCUGUAGCUGGUAUAUUUUUUGUAAGCUGUAGCGUUCUUUAGCAUAGGGAUGUCCUGUUUUGGGGCGCUGUAGUAGCAAUAUUACACCAGAUGCUGUUGUCAAAACAAUUUAUAAUUAUAUUCAACUGUUCAAUAUUUCCAUAAAUUAA